CGUCUCGAAUGAUAGUGCACGUAUGGCUGAUUUGCAACCCGCUGAAGCAACAGUGGAGAAGAAGAGAAAAUGUCGCUGACUUCAACCCGGACCGUUCUAGGAUCAGUGGCCUCUUAGGGGGAAAAAACAGACGCCAGUUCGAAUAAAUCUUCUGCUGUGGUGACAGGAGUAGUUCCAAGUGUCAAUAAAAAUAUAUAUUGUAAACGAGAGGUGUUUUCUUGAUAAAAACAAAAAGAACUGUUCCCCCUUUUUUCUUUAGCUAUUAUCAGUAUUAAAACAGUAGUAAGAUUAUGUAUCCAGGACUUCAAGAUAAACCUGAGCUAGUACUUAUACCCUCUUAUUUUACUCCUUCUGCUUGAAAAGAAAGAUUUUUGUGAAAAUAUGGACCCCGCUUCCAGGGUGGUGGGUCUGGAUCCCCAAGCAAACAUGGUUUUCACAGUUGUAAAGCCAGUUAUGAGCAUCUUUCAGGUGUCCCCAGAGCAGGGCAACAACAUAUCUCAAAGUGGCAUGGGCAUGCAAAGUUUAUCUGAAAAUGCAUUAGUCCUCCCUCAGCAGGCACAAGGUCAGGCUCAGUUAGAUCAGAACCAUUUGGAAAUGCACAGCACUCAGCCUCAUGUUCAGCCACAGAUGCAGGCUACAGCCCAGCACCAAGGGGAAGAGAUCCCCCAACACCAGGAGGUGUCGGCAAACUCAAGCACAAACUCUGAGUCUAAUGCCGAGAUGCCCUUUGCAGAAGUGUCUUCUCUCCUGGAUCCCAACAUGAAAGGAUCCAAAGCUCGAAAAUAUCUCAUUUCGUAUGAUGAAAUUAAAAGACGCCUGCAGGCCCCAGAGAAGAUGUCCCUGCGGUCUCUGGCAGCGUACACUCGGGUCAGCAGAGGCCCAGCCAGCAAGAAAACACUUCUGGAGUCACUGAAUGUCCUUGGCCUCAUGCCCAGCACAACCACCGCGGUAUCCUCCUCCUUCUCCAAACUCACUGAAGGUGACACCAGAGCUCUGUGUGAAGAUAUGAAAGAUUUUUCCCAUGAUUACAUUGACUACAGUAACAUGGCCAAACAACUCAUCCCUGAGAUGAACACAGUUCAACACUGGUCCAAAAUUAUUGAAACAAAGAACCAUCUCGAGGACAUGAGAAAGUGCUUCAAGGAGCCAGUAAACAGUGGCGCGUUUGACAACGUCACUCAUGGCCUCGGUCUCGGAAUGUUGGACGUUGCGUUAGACAUGAUCGUCAUGGUCAUCGAUCAGCAGAUCCGCAUCCUGUCUGGCGCGGCGGCGUUGGACCCCGUCGACUCGGGUCUGCCGUCCCGUCGCAUUCGCAGGCGCCAGCGCAAACUGCGCUCGUCCGACAACGAGAGAUCCCACAAGCUUUGCGGGGGGAUGAAGGAGCAGGGGAAGAUCCUUUUAAAAAGCAAGGGGCAAGCCAGAAACAGGAAGAAGAUGAGGACGGAGUCUGGGAUCUCCGAAGCGGUCGUGUCCCACGCAGAGCAAAACAAGCCGGAUAAUGUUCAGAGUAACGUCCUCACCCUGGUCUCUGUGGGUUAUGAAACGGUCUCCAGCGGUAUGACUGCAGCUGGAACUGUUUGACACCUGCUGAAAUCGCCAAUUCACUCAGCUGAUCUAGGACAAAACACCAGCUAGACUAAGCCACUUAACCUCCAAUGAAGAAAACCAAGUGCUCAGUCACACCCUGAUGACACUUAAACUCUUUCCAGAUGACAUAUCGAGGCUUGUAGACAUUACUCCCAUUUUUUUCAACUUUCUCCAUGGCUUUAUUCUGCUUAUUAGUAGAAUAUCUGAAAAUCCCUGGAGAGUAGAUUGAUUUUGACAUAGUAGGAUUAGUUAGUUUGCAGUGGUUGAGUAAAAAGCGUAGAUAUACAGGUGUGUCAUUAAUUGCUGGAAAGUUCAUUUAUUUCAUCAUAUUCAUUCAAAAAUAGACACUUAUGUAAAAACUCUUUACACGCAGUGGUGCAUUUCAAACAUUUAUUUCUGUUAUUUUUGAUGAUUACUGAAAACCAAAAUUAUUUGUGUUGGAAAAUUAGGACACUGCCUUGGAAAACAAGGAUUCAAAGGCUUUGUUUUGUGUCUGCCACGCAAGCGUCGAGCGAGAUACUUUUCUCCAUGACUUUGUAGGCCUUAACACAACUUUUUGUUUUUAAAGUCGUUUUUAUUUUUCGUUCACCUAAUUCUCAGAGACUACAUUUUAUAGUUUAUUGUUUGUGAUAUUUACAUAAAUGCGUACUUAAAAUCCACCUGAAAUAAGCGAACUUUUCAUUGAGCUUCUUCAGAUGCAUCUGUGUAGCAGCCUUAAAUGUUAGUAGAAAGUUACAUGAUCAAUUAAUCUCAUAAGACAUGAGUGGAAAGCUGUGUAUUAGUAACUAGGUAUGUAGUAGCUUCGUUAAAGACGGUAAUAAGUGGCUGAUCCAGUCACUGAUUGGCUUUGUGUACCAUUAAUGAGAUUUUCCUCUUAGACUUUGAUUGUAUGAAUGUUUGUAGGGAAGCAUUGUUCAGGCUGUUACGGCUUCCUGUGAGGGUGGAGCUGCUGAUUUAGUUUUUUUUCUUUUUGGGGAGGGGGUAAGAACUUUCACUAGUAUAAAUUCACCUAAUUUGUCUUCAUUCAACAACUGUACAUACUAAACACUGACUAUGAAAUAACUAAAUAUACAUUUUUAAUUUGAAAUAAACUAAACAAGUUGACUCUUAUCCCUAUUUAUUAACAUUUAUUAAAUGUUAAAUGACCUUUAACAUUUAUCUGAUUUUUACUAGCAUGCUGUUAGUUGAUGCAUUUAGAGAUUAAAAAAUUGGCAUUUAAUAAAAAAGAAGGAAUUGUAUCUGAGCAGCUGAUCACUGGUCAGAGCCAAUCAAGGGCUUUUAUUUCUUUUUUUUUUUCACCUUCUUUGAUUGACCAGUUAAACCACUGAACUUUUGUUUGGGAUAGAAAUUAAUUUGUUUAGUCUUAAUUAAAACAGAGUUGGUGACUCUUGCUCUUCACCUGUCACUUCCUCUGGGUAUUGUGCAAAACUCUGGGAAAGCUGGUUGUAAUAGCACAUAUUUCUUUUUUUUUUAAUUAUUAUUCAGGUAUACAAAGAGUGAACAGAAGAAGAAGAAAUCGCUCUUUCACAGUUCUGUAAAUAAUCCAAAGAUUCAAACCAUGCAAGGUAGGAUUUGGAAAAACCUACUGUAGUUGUAUGAUUGGUUGUCUUGGUUUAACUGUUUUUACAUAGUAGUAGCAUAUUAUUUAAAGCCAGUAAGCCAAUUUCAGAGCAGUCACACAUGUGAGUUAUUUUCUCUUUGGUGAGUUUAAGUGAGUAAAAUGUUUCUGUUAUGUUAUGAUUUUAGUAUGUCUCAUCUGAAUGUGUGUGCUGGCUUGAAAAUUGCCAGAGAUAAAAUGAUUUAUAUGUUUGCUCUACAUCUUUAUUUAUUGUCUAGAUUAUUAGUUUCUCAGUGGUGCUAUAUAUCAUUUUUCAGCUCUGAAUAAAAACAACUUUAUUUGCUA